AAACGAGACAGACGCAUGAGUCUAUCUCGUCGAGUUGGGGCGUGAUAAGGCAUGAGGCAGGAGGUUAGUGUCUCGGGGCCAUCGCAAGUCGGGGAGGCCGGGAUAAGGAAGUGGACUGCGAGACACGGCGAGGCGGCAAGUGGGCCUCUGUUCGGUGCGUCCCUGGUCAGACCAAGGGAGGAGCUGGUUGUUGGCUUCGUGACUUCACAUCAUCGAAAGCUGGCCGGACCGCGAGGCACGACCAACGGGGACGACCACAUGGCAAGACCCAUCGCCGCCGCCUUCAGGUCCGCCUCGGCAGCGAUCCUAGUGUGGUCCGUGCCCUCGCGCCUCGUUCACGCCGGCCACGGACCCCGCGUGCACCUCGGCGUCUGGGGGGGGGGGGGAUUUCUCCGAAGGAGUCAGGAGCGUUCCGGAAUUCCUCAGUACUUGCGCAACGAAAUGCUCACCGCCGAGACGCCCAAGCGGCGCAGCGGUGACGGCGGCGGCGCGGCCGAGGAAAUCGGGACUGUGCCCGGGAGACCGUGGAUGUCAGUUUUGGAAAGUAGACUCAGACGUGAAGGCAGAGGUGACGGGACGCAGGAGGGCAAGAGGAUGAGGGAGUAG